CGGAAGCAAAUAACAGCUCUACAGACACUCCUCAAAACAUUUGGAGAAAAGGGUUUGGUAGAAGAAACAGUGAAUCCCUCUAUCACAAAUAACGCGUCUCAUAUGGCAGUUUAGUGUUGAAUGGAAGUGGAGAGGGCCCGAGAGAUGGGUCCAGAGAGAAUCUCGCCAAACUCCGAGGAGGAUGUUGCGCAGGAUCGGCCUGUUGACACCGCAGUGCCGGAGGAAUGGAGCGGAGAGGAUAUGGAGGAGGAUGAAGGCAAUGGAGGAUAUUAUUAUCAACCUCUGAAUCAAGACCCAGACGGGAUGAACAGCUCACUCGCAGAGCCAGCUGAUGAAGGAACGACUGCCGAUCAGCUGCAGGACGUCCAGGAAAGAAUAGAGGCCAUGGGUCUGUUCCUGCCCCAGCCUCCUCCACACAGCGAUGAAGAGGAAGACUCUGAAGGAGCUGCUGCCUGUAGUAGCGACACAUCCAUUCCCAUGGAUGCAGAUCACGUUGAGCUGGUGAAAAGGACCAUGGCGGCAAUAAAUUUACCGACAUUUGGGAUUCCACCCUGGGCUCAAGAAAUCUCCGAUGACCAAUGGAAAGACAUGGUCCAGCAGACACUUCAGUCCAGACAAAGCUCUGCAGGCCUGAGACUGGACCGCAAGUGAAA